UUGAGGCCUGGGAGAGAGAGAGAGAGAAAAAAAAAAAACUUUCGUCUUCAUUUUGAACACUUUGCAUUGGAAUGAACUGAUAUUAUCUCCAAGUAACUGGUUAAAAGGGAUUACACACAAACAAGGAUAUAUACUUUGCCUCAGCACACUUUGACUUGUCAAAUGCCAUCAGUGUUUUCUUCUUCUUGGAAGUUGAAAUCUUUCAGUAUUGGUCUUCUGAAGUUGGCAGAUAGAUAUGCACGAGCGCGCUGCUCCCUCACGCGAACGGCUGAUGUCAUCUGAAGUUGUCACGACGUCAACUUGAGCUUGAAGUGUUUUUAUGCGCUUUGAAAGCUGGAAAACUCACGGUGGACUUAGGGAGCGGGUUUUCAGGAAAGGACGGGGCUGCUCCGCGGGAAUAGGCCAUCUCUGACCCUCGACAGUGCAGUGACGGGAUCGGCCUUGAGUUUUGAAGGGAAAACACGGGCAGCUUUCCCGUGAGGCAUUUAUUUUUCCUCAGUUUACGGAAUAUAAGGACGACUCUGGCUACUUCGUUAUGUCAGAACCUAAGGGGAAUACACUGUUAGAUAUUUCUGAAUACAUUUUCUUUUUUUCUUUUUUUUGACCGCAUAAAGGGAAAAGUGGCGCACUUAAAAAUAAAAAAAUAAAUCUCAGAAACUGGCGCCUUUUUUAGAAGCUAAUAUUCUGUGGAAAAACAGCGACCGUUACGUUUGGUGUUUGUGGAGUUAAAACUGAAACCGAGUAAUUUACAAGAGAUGUGUCAAAUCUGGCAUUUGGAAAUAUGAAAUAUAAACUUGUAUUACCUUUGGAUGUCAUUUGGGAAGGGAAAGUAAAUUCAAACAUCGUCGAGCAUUGGAGAGGGUGUUUGAGGGACAGUGUUGACUGGAUUAAAAAAAACUAACGUUAAUUGAAAAGCCGCUUCAGAAGAACACCCUAUGUAUGUGAUCUAACCUCCUUAUUUUAUAUAUAUAUUUUUUCUAAUCCUAACGAUACGUACUUGCUCCUAUGGUGUUGAAUUCGUAUUUAAAGCGAUGUGCCCAAAAAAGCAGGAUCGAGCGGGUGACAGUGCGUCAGUGUCGGCCGCGCGUACGGAGCAAGAGUAUACUCAUGCGCGUUCACACGCCACUUAGCCAAAGAAUAUAAUGGAAUCCGAGUGCUGACGUAAUCCCAGCACGGAUAAGGAACUGCUCAAGAGUCCGGUCCAUCUUCACAGUGAAUGCCCUUGUAAUUUACUUCCAGCUGGACACUUUUCUAAUACAAUCUGUGCUUUUUGUUCUUCCAUGAAUCCAUGUCAAGUGCCACUUCCUCUGUAAUGUCAGCAGUAGGUGAUAUGUGUUAAAUAAAAGUCAGUUCUUGUCUCAUCACCAUGGCAUUGCCAGAGCAGCACCAGCCUCUGCACGAGACGGAGAUGAGGUGUGAUAGUGAAGUGGGAGCUGCUACUGUGCAGAUAACAGACAGCCGUAAUCAACAGGUGGGUCCAGGUAAAGAGGACGACCCAGUCGACAUGGGCUCCUCCAAACCUUGCAAAUACAGUAUCUCGUCAAGCUGCAGCUCGGGGGAGUUGGGUGUUCCCAGGGCUGUGAGGACUCGUCGGAGCAGACCGAGGAGAGUGCCGCCACUUUUUGAGAGGUCUGCCGCGCAGUGCUGGGACCCCAAGUUUAACUCAGCCAUCCUGGAGGAGGCAUGCAGGGAACGUUGCUUCCCGCAGAUGCAGAGGAGGUUCCGCUACAUACUGUUUUACCUGGCUACCGCCGCGCUUCUGUGGGGGAUAUACUUUGGGAUCAAUAGCACCAGGUGUGACCCUACAAAGUUCCUGGUACCCACGUCAGGGUUUCUUGUACUCUGCCUCCUCCUCCUCUGGUUUACGUUCUCAAGGCCAUAUGCACGUUACUACAACCACACAUCCUUCCUACUUACGGUGAUCAUGUUUGGGAUCACCCUGGCGCCUCAAAUGCACACUGCACACUUUGCUAAUUUUGAUGUACAAAUAAAUAAUUCACUAUUAUCUACGUCUCAAAAUGCUCCAUGUAUAUCACCCGUUGGGACGUUCUCCCUCUGUAUAGAGGUGCUGCUUUUGCUGUACAGUGUGUUGCACUUGCCCCUGUAUGUGUCGGUGCUUCUCGGCCUGCUGUAUUCUGUCCUCUUUGAGGCUUUAGGCUGGCUGAACCUUGCUCAGAUGGAUGAUGGCAAUGUAGGGUCGAAUAGGUUGGUCUUGCAAACUCUGAGCUGGCUUGUCCUAGGUAAAGUCCUGCUGCACCUGUGUGCACAUAUCAUUGGCAUCCACAUCUUCAUCAUGUCCGAAGUGCGCUCUCGGAGUACCUUUCUCAAAGUAGGUCAGGCAAUCAUGCACGGGAAGGGCCUUGAGGUGGAGAAGGCACUGAAGGAGCGGAUGAUCCACUCCGUGAUGCCCCAGGUGGUGGCGGACGAGCUCAUGAAGCAAGGAGACGAGGAAAGCGAGAGCUCUGGGAAACGAUACAGCGCAGGUGCCUGCUCCGUCAACGCUUCGUCCACCGCAACCUCGUCCAGCCCCAAAAGCAACAAGCGUAAGAAGAACUCUAUCCCUCGUGGACAAAUCAUUUUCAGGCCCUUCAACAUGAAGCGCAUGGAGCCGGUGAGCAUCCUCUUUGCAGACAUCGUGGGAUUCACUAAAAUGAGUGCCAACAAGUCCGCCCCUGCACUGGUGGGAUUGCUUAAUGACCUCUUCGGUCGCUUCGACCGUCUGUGUGAGUCGACCCACUGCGAGAAGAUCAGCACUCUAGGAGAUUGCUACUAUUGCGUGGCGGGCUGCCCCGAGCCACACACCGAUCACGCGUACUGCUGUGUGGAAAUGGGGCUCGGGAUGAUCCAGGCCAUCGAGCAGUUCUGCCAGGAGACGUCGGAGACCGUGGACAUGCGUGUCGGCGUGCACACCGGAACAGUGCUGUGUGGUAUUCUGGGAAUAAAACGCUUUAAGUUUGACGUUUGGUCCAAUGAUGUCAACUUGGCCAAUCUUAUGGAACAGCUGGGCGUGGCGGGAAAGGUGCACUUGUCGGAGAUCACAGCAAGUUUUUUGGAUGACCGUUAUGAGAGGGAGGAUGGACGAGUGAUGGAACGUGUUGGGCACAGUGUUACUGAUCAGCUGAAAGGUUUAAAGACGUAUCUGAUCUCGGGAAGGAAGAUGGGCUCGCACUGUGGCUGUUCCCAGGUCAGUCUGGGUCGAGACUUGAGCCCGUCCUCAAACACACACGCUCCAGAUCACACACACCGCGUCGCCGCUGAACCGCUGUUGCACGACGAGCCUGUGUGUACAUCAUGCAGCAUCUCUGUAGCUGUUGUUGACCGUCCGAUAGCCGAUGAAGCAACUCGAAACGGCUGCCAGGAUGAACACCGAGACAACAGCAGCAAGUAUCCUGUUGGCCGGAGUCCUAAAACCCUGAACGGUCUGUUGAGUCCUCAGUGUGAGGAGCGGGUGACGGUCAGCCAGUCGUCUCUGUGCGACAAACUCCAGGACAGGAGCUGGGUAGGAAGUGUGGCCACCGAAGGAGGCAUGGACCACUCAGCCAUCCUCCCGCUGCGCUCCAAGAACUUCAGGGAGAAAAGCGACGUGCACUUUGUGGAAGUGAUAAAGGGAGACAGUCUGAUGAAGGAUUACUUCUUCAAACCGCCCAUCAACAAGCUGAGCCUGAACUUCCUUGAGAAAUCUCUGGAAUCAGCUUAUCGCACCAGCUACCACGCUGAGGUGUUGAAUCCGGUGCCGGUGCGGACGUUUGCCAGUCCAGUCUUCAGCUCUCUGCUCGACAUUCUGCUGUCUUGUGCCGUUUUCCUCGCCCUGACCUUUGCCUGCUUCCUGUAUCCCCUUGUUACAAUGGAGACGCCCCUGGCAGCCACACUCUGUCUGGCCGUCACAGCCGCUCUGCUGGAACUGGUUUCUCUCGUUCUGGCCAUUCGUAUGGUGUUCUGUCUGGAUGAUGUACAGAACUGUACCCGCUCUCUGUUGAAGCUGGUGUCCGGCUGGCUCCUGCGUCAUGUGAUCGGGGCUGUGCUCGUGUCACUUCCUGCGGUGUCCGUCUUCUCCCAUCUGGUUUACAGUCUGCAGAUGCCCAUCCAGGUGACCAUGUUCCUGUGCUGUGCUCUCAUUAUUGCUAUUAUCCAGUACUGUAACUUCUGCCAGCUGAGUUUCUGGAUGCGCUCCGCUCUGGCCACCGUGGCUGGUGUGUCUUUACUCGUCCUGCUCUACAGUGCCACCAGCAGGCCCAGCGCCACUGACAGUUUUCCAACCUCUAGGAACAUGAGCAACCAGAGUGCCGGAGUAAAUCAGACAGGUGAGUUGGACUCUGCACCCACAGCGCUCGACCUGCUCGUCCUAGAGACCGUACUCUCAUUCUUCCUCCUGCUGAUGCUGGUUUGGUUUCUCAACCGGGAAUUCGAGGUCAGCUACCGCCUGCAUUACCACGGGAAUGUGGAAGCUGACAAGCAUCGCAUCAAGAUCCAAGCCAUGCGAGAUCAAGCGGACUGGCUGCUGCGUAACAUCAUCCCCAUCCAUGUUGCCGAGCAUCUGGAGGUGAACCAGAGUUACUCUAAAAAUCACGAGAACGUCGGAGUCAUCUUCGCAAGUAUUGUCAACUUCAGCGAGUUCUACGAAGAGAGCUACGAGGGCGGGAAAGAGUGCUACAGAGUACUUAAUGAACUCAUCGGAGACUUUGACGAACUGUUGCGCAAGCCUGCAUUCUCAAACGUAGAGAAGAUUAAAACCAUUGGUGCCACCUACAUGGCAGCGUCUGGAUUAAAUGGACAGCAGUGCCAAGAGCAGCCACACCCGCACGCCCACCUACGUGCCCUCUUUGACUUUGCCCUUGAAAUGAUGCGCGUGGUGGAUGAUUUUAACAAGAACAUGUUGGGUUUCAAGUUCAAGCUUCGAAUUGGUUUCAACCAUGGGCCCCUGACUGCCGGCGUCAUCGGCACUACCAAGCUGCUUUACGACAUAUGGGGCGACACGGUCAACAUCGCUAGCCGCAUGGACAGCACGGGAGUGGAGUGCCGCAUACAAGUUAGCGAAGAGAGUCACUGUGUGCUUAACAGAAUGAACUACACCUUUGAUUAUCGUGGCACUGUAAACGUGAAAGGAAAAGGGCAGAUGAGGACUUACCUGUAUCCCCAAAUGAACGAAGGCAGAUCGGGGUCCACACAAAGCCUGGAACAAGGCCAGGUGGAUGGCACACUUGCCAAUGCAACAACAACAACAUCCACUGCACCACUACACCCUCCAUCCACCCCUCUCAAUGUUGCCUCAAUCAGUGGCCACGGUGUGCCUCAGGGCCGUGUAUUAGGCCCGUCUCAGAUUACAAAGACGUUACACCAAGACACUAAGGACAAUUCUCCUGUCCCAGAGCUCACAGAACAGGAUUACGAGAGUCCUUAUCAAGCACCAUCACUAAGUGGUACAUCAGUAGCACAACUAUACGCACCAUUAGCCAGACCAGAGACACCUUUACAAGGAGAGGAGGAUGAAGCUGCAGAUGAGCGUACAAAGCUCAGGGCAGCGGAGUGAUUCAAGUUUCCUCCUCACGUCAGCUGACCUUCUUUAAGAGCUAAUCAGCAGUUAAUUUUCAGACUCUACUUCUUUCAAGGGGCUUUUCUGACCACAACUGUUGGAGUUCCAACGAGUAGCAUUAGCCUGUAUAGGGCAUAUGUGUUGAUAACGUGACCUAAAUAGAAAAAUGGAUGCUCUAAGCAUCUGCUGUGUGGAUCACAGUGUAGCACAGAGUAGGGAAAUGGAUGGAGUUUAUAUUUCUGAUGUUCUCCAAUUAGGUUUUUUGUUUUGUUUAUAAAGUGCCUUCACAAUAUGUAAGAUCAGUCAAAUGAACAAAUGAAAGAAACGUUUGAACAAAUAUAUCAGCAUGGCUUUUUGAAGAGAUGUGGACAGUGAAAAUGCAGUUUUUUUGUAAUGUAUUACACCUCUAAUGCCAUAUUCAUUUUUUUUUUUUCAUUUAUUUCAGUAUUUCUUUCUCGCUCAAAAUAAUCAAAAACGAGCCAGUUGCUAAUUAAAAACUGGUUGUUUUAAGGUUAUUCUAAUGAAUAUAUACAGUAUAGCAGUCACUUAUCACGUUACAAUAAAACCAAGGCAAGGGUGGAUAGAUAUAGAUGAGCUUCCAGCACUUCUGUCCACAAUGCCCGUAUUAAUAUCCAGUAUAUAUGUCAGGAAACAAUGUAGCUUUUAUCGAUGGGAGGUAAAAUGUCUCACGCACAAUAGCACCCUAAACUCAUAAAAUAAGGGAAAACAGCACAAUCAGCCUUAUUUUUUAAAAUGCAAUCAAAAAGGAUGGUAGAAACCAUGCUGUGCACGCUCUCCCCUUCAUUAAAGGACACAAGGGCUCAUGAUUGUAAUGCAUUGGGAAAAUCAGAGUAUAAUGUUUGUGUUUGGAGGUUCAGUGCAUUUUUUUUCUUGCAUAAAAUUUUGCCACACAAUUUAGUGUUUCUCAUUGCCUGAGGGAAUGUCCUGCAGGAUUCAAUUUAAUAAAUAUGUUUUUUUUUUCUUAGCAUGGCACUCGACAGUAUUUAAGGAUCUUAACACAGCAGAACGAGCUCUGUGUUUUUUUUUUUUUUUUUCACUAAAUAUAUCCAGUAAACUCAAGCCAGCAAAGCCUUCAAUGAAGUGUUCAGUUGAACAGAUUUUGUAGCUGAAUUGUUUAGCAGUGCAUUUAAAUUCAUUUCAUUCAGUGCCUCAAACGUUCUCAUAUUCGAAUCAGUUGUUUCUCACUGUGAUCAUGCCAGCAGAGUCGGAGCUGGUAUUGCCGUAGGUUUUAUUGAUCACACUGCAGUUGUGAUACCCGUUCACUCCAUGGCCUUGAGGUAGAAGGUUCUAUGUCGCCAUAUUUGGCGAGCGGCUUGCAAUUUUGUUAUAAUACAUUAAUUUCUGCCUACUCUUUUGGAAGAUUUGUAUCUGAUAGUGUUUGUGUGUGUCAAUUAUGUUAAGAUUUUGACAGCAGUUCUUCCAAUUUUUUUUUUUUGACAUUUGUGCAGAGAUUUUCAUUGCUUCUCUCCAACUGAUUUAUUUGUCUCUGAUGAGUUCAUAACACUAGAUAAUCUAAUACUCUGCAGUAUAUCUCGCGAUGUGUCUUACAUUUCAAUCAUCAGUCGAACAAAGCAACAUUAGUUUCUCAAAGCAAGUCUGCAUCCUCUACCGUCAUGUAUAGUGAAUAAGCUUGGCUCUGAGGUUUGAUGAGGACCGAUUUCUUUCUUUAUUCCUGUUUACACAGCGAUCACUAGUUUGUUCUCAAAAAUGGACGGAAUCCAGUGCCUUUUUGUUCACUUUUUCCCCUUUCAAUCGUUAAUAGCAGGUUGCUUCAGAGUCAAACUAUCGGGGGUCUUUUGAUGCUGCAACUUUCACACCUGCAAUUUUAUGUUUUUGUAUCAUUAUUAUGAUUAUUUCCUCUUUGAUGUGAAUUAUAAUUCCAGCCUUUUUUUUUGUACACUGUGUAUCUUUAAAAUGGAACUCUUCGGGAUGGAAAAGGGAUUUGAUUUUGCUGUUAAUUGCUUUAUGGUGCACUGCUUUCCAGCCAACACAUUCACCUUUGAGUUCUUGCAUCACUCCAUUGGCUAAAGAAACCCAGUGCUGACAGUAUUGAAUUAUAAUUAAUUGUGCAUAUUGUCUGUGGUUUUGUAUUAAAUGCAUUUGUAUUUAUUGGGGCUGUGCAUGAAUUGGUGUGCAGCCACAGAGCCUAAUAUCAAAAGGGCAUAUUUAUGAAAGGGAGCCACUUAAAGCAAGGAGAAAUGGGUUUUUGCACCCAGUUUCAACUGAGGUAACAAGCACCGAAGGCCUAAACUCUUGAAAAGUGCCUCCGAUUCAAUUCUACUAAAGUUUUAUGAUAUUUGAAAUCAACUAAAAUGGAAAGGUGUGAAUUUGAUCUUGUUUUAUGUGAUCGUUCCCACGUGAAUCACACUGCUUCACUCUUUUGUUUUUGUAUAAAUUUGAACAAAUCUCAAUCGGUUAAGAGUGCAAAUAUUCAUAUUUGAGUGCAAAUCUAAAACCAAGUUGUUUUGGUGCUCAUGAGUGUUAAAAAAUGCCCUUAAAUAUGACUUCACAUGCUUUUAUUAACUGUGCAUUAGUUAUUUUGUGCCAUUUAUGGGAAUAUGUGUAUACCAAAGAUUUUUAAUAGUGUGGGCGGAAGCUGCAAGACAGAUAUUUUUGUAGUAGUUGUUGUUUUUUUUCCCCCAGCAGCACAAGUUCAUCAAUCAUUUGUUCUUAUGCACAUGAAACACAGCGGGUAUUGAUAUAUUAGCCAUUAUAUUCAGGCAAAAAGCAUAAUCUGUAUACAUUUGCACAGUGCACUCACUUUGUAUGUACAUACCAUGUAUUGUUUCAUUUGAUUUUUAUGUUUCAAAGUUGAUAUUACAUGUGCAUGUGCCAGAUUUGGAGAGUAGAAAAACAAUGAAAAGAUAACCAGAA